AUGGGUCGUAUGCACGCUCCCGGCAAGGGCAUUUCGUCCUCCGCCCUUCCUUACAAACGCUCCCCUCCUUCGUGGCUCAAGACUACUCCAGAUGAAGUCGUCGAGCACAUCAUGAAAUUGGCUCGCAAGGGUCUCACUCCCUCUCAAAUUGGUGUUACCCUCCGUGACUCGCAUGGUAUCCCUCAAGUGCGCUUCGUCACUGGUAACAAAAUCCUCCGUAUCCUCAAAUCCAACGGAGUGGCACCAUCCAUCCCAGAGGACCUUUGGCACCUCGUCAAAAAGGCGGUGGCCGUGCGCAAGCACCUUGAAGUCAACCGCAAAGACAAGGACUCCAAGUUCCGUCUUAUCUUGAUCGAGUCUCGUAUUCACCGUCUUGCUCGCUACUACAAGACAAAGCAGCAACUCCCUCCUACAUUCAAGUAUGACUCUGCUACUGCUUCUACUUUGAUUGCGUGA